AUGUUGCCCGUAGCUACUAACCCUCUGACAGACAGGUACGAGGAUCCCAGAAAUGAUACCGACUCUGACGAAGAACGGCCCGGUGCCAUGGAAGACAUUGAAGAGGUAGUACUAUUAGAGCAGUUCCCGGAUAGGAUUGUCAAGCCACGCACAACCUUAGCAUUAUUCCUUCCGGUAAGACAAAAGCGAAGAGCCUUCACACAUGACAAGUAUCGGGCUAUCCAAGUUGAAGUAAAGAAGUUGAUGGCCAUCAACUUUGUUAGGGAAGUGACAUACCCCCGAUGGUUAGCCAACGUGGUCAUGAUACCAAAGAAAUCUCCGGGAUCAUGGCGUAUGUGUGUGGACUACACAAAUGUCAACCGAGCAUGCCCUAAGGAUAGCUUCCCGCUCCCACGAAUUGACCAACUAAUUGACUCCACUGCUGGAUACAGGUUACUCAGUUUCAUGGAUGCGUUUAGUGGAUACAACCAAAUUCGAAUGAACCCUGCAGACGAGGAGUACACUGCCUUUACCACAGAGAAAGGUCUCUAUUGCUACCAGCUCAUGCCUUUCGGAUUGAAGAAUGCAGGCGCCACUUAUCAGCGACUUGUCAACUCCAUGUUUGAAGAAGUCAUCGGUACUAUCAUAGAGGUAUAUGUAGACGAGAUGUUGGUAAAAAGUUUAACCUCAGAGGAUCACGUAAGCAACUUGUCAAUUGUCUUCGCCAUUAUAUUACGUAAUGGUAUGCGGCUUAACCCACAGAAGUGCAUCUUUGGGGUCGAGGUAGGAAAGUUCCUCGGGUACAUCAUUAGCCACAAGGGAAUUGAGGCCAAUCUAGAGAAGGUGCAGGCUAUAUUAGACAUGGUAUCCCCAACCUACCGGAACGAGGUCCAAUCUCUUACAGGAGAAAUGCUCUACAUAUAUCUUGUGGCAUCUUCAAUGGCCGUGAGCUCCGCUCUGAUUAGGAAGGACUCCGAUUGCGAGUACCCAGUGUACUACGCUAGAAAAGGUUACACUGGUGCAGAAUCCAGAUACCCGGACUGUGAUGCCCCAGAAAUUCUCUACGAGUACGCCCUCAAAUUUGCCUUCAAGGCAUCCAACAAUGCCGCAGAAUACGAGGCACUCAUAGCAGGUCUACAGAUCGCUCGGGAACUAGGUGUCCAGCACCUUAGUAUCUUCAGUGAUUCUCAGUUAGUCGUGAACCAGGUCAGCGGUAACUUUGAGGCAAAGGAGCCCCACAUGUCCUCUUACCAGGCCCUAGCCCAGGCACUGGUUCAGAGAUUUACCUCCAUUUUCACCCAAAUACUGAGUGCAGAGAACGACAAGGCAAGCGCCCUUGCUAAGAUUGCGGCAAUUUCUUCAAGUCCUACCUACGGGGCCACCAAGGUCGAAAUACUAGAAAGGCCUAACACUUCUAAAACGGUGUCAGAAAUAUUCAUGGUGGACCACACAGCCUCCUGGAUGGACCCAAUCUUAAAGUACAUGGUGGACGGUCUAGCACCAGACGAUAAGGUCGAGGUGAGGAGACUCCAGCUAAGGUUUGGAGUCCCGGACACCAUAGUCACGGACAAUGGUACCCAGUUUGACAAUGAUGAGUUGAGUGCUUACAUCGAAAACUUGGGUACUAGAAUCCUCUAUGCAUCCCCGGCUCACCCCCAGACCAAUGGUCAGGUCGAGGCUGUUAACAAGAUAAUCAAGAAGAUACUGAAGAAGAAGCUCGAUGAAGCCAAGGGUCUUUGGGCUGCUAAACUGCCAGAGAUUCCCAGGAUCGAAUACUUCAAUGAGGGUACCAACUCAGAGGGCCUACAGCUUGAUGCUGAUUUACUCGAGGAACGAAGGGAUGUGGCACACAUGCAUAACUUGGCAAACAAGUGGAGGAUAGCUCGUUAUUAUGAUGCCAAGGUACAAUCCCGGACAUUGAAGUUGGGGGACUGGGUCAUGAAGCAGGCCUACCUAGAGCCCCGCGGGCUGGAUCCAUCCUGGACAGGCCCUUACGAGAUCAUCGAAGAGGUAGGCCCCGCAACCUUUUACAUCCGGGACACGGACGGAGUCGUUUCCCGGCAUCCUCGGAAUACCCAACACCUACGGUACUAUUACAAGUAG